AUGGAUCCUAAGCAACGUUUCUACAACCAUUUCCUGGAGAGUGUUACAGUACUCCAAGACCUGAUCGAUGAGCUACCAUCCAUUGCUAGUGUCGGUGGUGAGCGCCAGGAGGCCAUUGAUCACAUUCUAGCCAGUAUCGCCAAGCUACAAAACGAAGUGUCUGAUGCUGCCGACUACACACCUUCUUAUGACAGAAAACAGUAUUCUGAGACCAUUAAGACUCUCCAGGACAAAUUGAAUGAGACAAUCACCAAAAUCACACCAAAGUCAAAAUUUCAGUUUCGUCGUAAGACCGACCACGUUGAUAUGGGCGCUCCUGAGAACGACCCUCGACUUAGCCCUGGAAGCCAUUCUCGGGCCAAGCAUGACACGACCAUUGCAUCUACCAUCGCCAGUCCUCCUUCGGCGACAAAGGAAGACACUCUCAGCGAAUUACCGCCUAAGGAUACCUACAAAAAUUACAAUGAAGAGAUGGCUCGACCCAGCGCAUCUUCCCUUCGUAAGCCCAGCUUCUCUGCUGCCAAGAAUAUUGGCAUUUCGAAUCAUUCAGGGCUACACAUUAUUCUACCGUCUUCGGCAUCCCGUGCCACCUCUUCGGGUAGUCUCACUGAUCUCAAGAAUUGUAUCAUCGAUAUGUCUAUUCCGACAUCCUCGGGCACAGCUUUCCCUGGCCUUGCUAUUAAGAAUGUAUCCAAGAGCCUCAUCGUCGGGGGUCGCGUCAACGGCGCAGUUCAUAUCACAGGAGUGUCUGACAGCACUAUAGUUGUUGUGGCCAGGCAAGUGCGGAUUCAUGAGUGCAGUAACGUUGACAUCUACCUACAUUGUGGAAGCCAUCCUAUUAUUGAGGACUGCUCUGGCAUGCGAUUUGCACCUCUGCCCAAGCCCUAUACGACUGACGCUGAGGAGCCUGGGGAAAACCAGUGGGAUCAGGUCGAUGACUUUAAGUGGUUAAAGGCUGGUCACAGUCCUAACUGGACCACUCUGUCCGAAAACGAAAGGCUCAGUGAUGACCUUUGGAGAUCUGUCGUCCCUGGCCAGCCUGGUGUCAGUGUGGAGGAGUCCUUGAAAAAGCUGGGCAUUCCACGGAGGUGA